UCCGAAAUACAGCAUGGGCUUCUUCGAUCGUAAAAGUAUCAUUUUCUUGGUCAUCAUAGUGGCCUUAUCGGCGGCCCUGAUAGCAGUCUGCAUCGACGCCUACGCAGUGUCCAGUGAAGAUGGCGGCGAUCCAACACCAGACCAGAAGUUAAACUGUGAAAAAGCCUCUGUAACGACCGCAAGUGGGUCGUUGGUUAAGCAACAGGCCUUCUGCCCCGGUGAUCUGAUCUUCGAGGAUAACUUCGAUCGUCUUAAUCUGGAUGCUUGGCAGCACGAGCACACUUUGGGUGGGGGCGGUAAUUGGGAGUUCCAGUACUAUUUGAACAGUCGACGAAACUCUUAUGUGGAAGAUGGAAAACUUUUCAUCAGACCAACGCUACUCGCGGAUGAAACUGGAGAGGAAUUUUUGUGGACAGGAACACUUAACAUUCAUGGAGGAGCUCCGGGUGAUUACUGCACAAACCCUGCCUGGUACGGAUGUGAGCGCACCGGAAAUGCCGUGAACUAUCUAAAUCCGAUUAAAAGCGCCCGUCUGCGAACGGUCAACUCGUUCAACUUCAAAUACGGCAAGCUGGAAAUCCGUGCUAAGCUCCCAACCGGAGAUUGGCUUUGGCCAGCCCUCUGGUUGAUGCCCAAGAUGAACCAAUACGGAUCCUGGCCAAGCUCCGGUGAAAUCGAUCUGAUGGAAUCACGUGGUAAUUUGGACUACAGGGAUGGCUCCGGAACCCACAUCGGCGUAGAACAGGUUGGAUCUACGUUGCACUUUGGACCGAAUCCAAACCUGAACGGAUACGAGAUGGCCACCGGAGCUAAGAAUACUCCCGCCGGAAAUGGUUUCAACAAAGAUUUCCACCGAUACCAGCUGGAAUGGACGCCGGACUUUAUGAAAUUCAGCAUCGAUGACGAACAGGUUAUGAUGGUUGAAGGAAAUUUCUGGGAACGUGGAAAUUUCGAGGAACGUGCUCCAGGAACGGAAAAUCCAUGGGUCAGUGGAGGUAAGAUGGCACCAUUCGAUGAAGAGUUUUACAUCAUCAUGAAUCUGGCUGUCGGUGGAACUUUGGGGUACUUCCCGGAUGCGCCCGCUGUGAAUGCUGGCAACCCAAAACCAUGGCCAAAUAAUUCGCCCUCGGCCAUCAGAGAAUUCUGGAACGCCAAGAAUGCAUGGCUCCCAACAUGGAAGCUGGAGGAAAACCGCAGCAAGGACGCCUCGUUACAGGUGGAUUAUGUGCGAGUCUGGGCACUGUAGGUCAUUUUAAUUGUUUUAUUUUCAACAAAAUAGAUUUUAAGCCUUUCGAGUUAAUAAAAACGAAAAAUUAUAA